ACCCACUUCGUCAUCAUUGCUUUAUAAAGGGUCUAUCAGCUCCUACUAUGUCACACCAUCCAAUCCAAGAACAUAAUCUUGAUACAAGAACCCUGUUACUUCAAUCAUGGUACGCAUGCUGGUUGUGAUUCAAAGAAGCUCUCAAAUCCAGUUCAUGUUCUUCUGUGUCCUUCUAACACUUUUGCUUCCCCAAGAUGCAGCUCAAGUGACUGAAGGAAGUGCUCUGUUGAAAUGGAAACAGAGCCUUGACAACCAAAGCCAAGCUCUCUUGUCAACUUGGACAGGUUCUGAUCCAUGCAAAUGGAAAGGAAUUCAAUGUGACAAAUCCAACUCCAUCUCCAACAUAAGUCUUGCAAAUUAUGGACUCAAAGGUACACUCCACAAUCUCAGCUUCUCCUCAUUCCCCAACCUCCUCAGCCUAGAUAUCUCUAGCAACUUCUUUUUUGGGACCAUCCCACCACAAGUAGGUGGCAUGCCCAAAAUAAAUCUUUUGAACUUGUCUUACAAUUCCUUUGAUGGUUUAAUUCCUCAAGAAAUUUGGACAUUAAGGAGUUUACAUGUCCUUGAUUUUUACGCUUGUCAACUAGAGGGUUCUAUUCCAAGUUACAUUACAAACUUGUCCAGCCUAUCAUAUCUAGACUUGGGUGAAAACAAAUUGUAUGGUCACAUUCCUUCUGAGAUUGGAAAAAUGAACAGCUUGGAGUACCUUGCCCUUGCAGAAAACAAGCUUUCUGGUUCCAUUCCAAGUGAAAUUGGGAUGCUCACAAACCUUAGGUUUCUUGAUCUUUCAUUCAACCCUCUCUCUGGUACUAUCCCUGAAACAAUAGGUAACAUGAGCAGUUUAAAUAGACUUUAUAUUGCUAAUAUUUCCCAACUUUCUGGACCAAUCCCACCUUCCUUAUGGAACAGGUCUAACUUGUCCGAGCUCCAACUUUACCGCAACAAUCUUUCUGGAUCAAUACCAGAUUCCAUAGGAAACUUGGUCAAUUUGAAACAGCUUACGCUUGAUUACAACCAAUUUUCAGGGUCCAUUCCUUCCACCAUUGGGAGCUUGACAAAGCUCACAGACUUAUACUUGAGCUUUAAUCAUUUUUCUGGACCAAUUCCUGCCUCUAUAUGGAAUCUUAUCAAUUUGAAUCGCCUCAGUCUCCAAAGUAACAAUCUCUCAGGAACUAUUCCUACUACAAUUGGUAAUUUGAAAAGGCUCACUGUGUUGGAACUGUCCACCAACAAACUCAAUGGUAGCAUUCCACAGAGCCUGAAUAGCAUUACCAACUUGUAUUCCUUGGUAAUAGCAGAAAAUGAUUUCACUGGCCAUUUGCCACCUCAAAUCUGCUCUGGUGGGUCACUGGCAUACUUCAAUGCUUAUGACAACCAUUUUACAGGUCCAGUACCAACAAGCUUGAAGAACUGUUCAAGUCUUGUUAGGCUCCAGAUUCAGAAAAACAAAAUAGAAGGGGACAUAGCACAAGAUUUUGGUGUGUAUCCUGAUUUGGAAUAUGUUGAUCUGAGUGACAAUAAAUUUCAUGGCCCCAUUUCACCUAAGUGGGGGAAGAGCCUUAAUCUUAACACCCUAAAGUUAUCCAACAAUAACAUUUCUGGUGGCAUACCACUAGAACUUUUUGGAGCAACCAAGCUUGGCAGGCUUCACCUUUCUUCAAACCACUUGACUGGGAAGCUUCCAAAGGAGCUAGGAAGCCUGACACAAUUAGCUGAGCUCAAGAUUAGUGACAAUUACAUUUCAGGAAACAUUCCAGCAGAAAUUGGAUCGCUACAAAUGCUUGACACUUUGGAUCUUGGAGGAAAUGAAUUGAGUGGCACAAUACCAACAGAAGUUAUGAGCUUACCCAGGUUGCGGAACUUGAAUUUGAGCAUGAACAAAAUUGAAGGAAACAUUCCCUCUCAGUUUGGAGAAGUUUUGAUAUCUCUUGAUCUUAGUGGUAAUCUGUUGAAUGGAAUAAUACCACCAAGUCUGGGAGAGUUGAAGAACUUGUUAAUGUUGAAUCUCUCACAUAAUAGUCUUUCUGGCGCCAUUCCUUCCACUUUUGAUAGAACACUGGACUUUGUUAACGUAUCAGACAACCAUUUAGAAGGGCCAAUUCCAAACGUUCGAGCUUUUCUUAAUGCUUCAAUUGAAUCAUUGAAAAAUAACAAAGGGUUGUGUGGUAAUGUCACAGGCUUGAGACUUUGCUCCCCCGACCAUGGUAGAAAAAGGAACAAAGUCAUCAUGUGGGUACUUCUUGCUGUGGGAAUUGUAAUACUAGUGUUGUGUGGGGUGGGACUCUCAAUGUACCUACUUUGUAGAAGCAAACCAAAGGAAGAAAUUCAAUCUGUAGAAGAACCUGAAAGGGUAGGACUCUUUUCCAUACAGAGCUAUGAUGGAAAAAUAAUGUUUGAAAAUAUCAUUGCAGCUACAGAGAAUUUUGAUGACAAAUAUCUCAUUGGAGUGGGAGGUCAAGGAAACGUUUACAGGGCGUUGUUGCCAGCAGGUUUGGUUGUGGCUGUGAAGAAGCUUCAUUCAGUGACAGAUGAGGAAAUGUCAAAUUUCAGCUCAAAGGCUUUCAUCAGCGAGGUUCAAACCCUGACAGAAAUUAGGCACCGGAACAUCAUAAAGCUUCUUGGAUUUUGCUUACACUCACAGUUCUCAUUCUUGGUUUAUGAGUUCUUGGAAGGGGGAAGCUUGGAUCAAGUGCUAAACAGUGACACACAAGCAGCAGCAUUUGAUUGGGAAAAGAGGGUGAAUGUUGUGAAAGGAGUGGCCAAUGCUUUGUCCUAUAUGCACCAUGAUUGCUCUCCUCCUAUAAUUCAUCGCGACAUAUCAAGCAAGAAUGUUCUUCUAGAUCUUCGAUAUGAAGCUCAUGUCUCUGACUUUGGAACAGCAAAGUUUCUGAAGCCUGGUUCACAUACUUGGACUGCAUUUGCAGGCACCUUUGGUUAUGCAGCCCCAGAGUUAGCUCAAACAAUGCAAGUGAAUGAGAAAUGUGAUGUAUAUAGCUUUGGAGUAUUUGCUUUGGAAAUCAUCAUGGGAAAGCAUCCAGGAGAUCUCAUUUCAUCUUUGAUGUCAUCAUCUACAGCACCAAUGGCUAAUAAUUUGCUAUUGAUUGAUGUUUUAGAUCAAAGACUUCCCCAGCCUGAAAAAUCAAUUGAUGGGGAGGUGAUCUUGAUUGCAAGUCUGGCACUUACUUGCUUGAGAGAAAAUCCACAUUAUCGUCCAACUAUGGAUCAAGUAUCUAAGGCUCUUGUAUUAGGAAAGCCACCAUCGGGGAACCAGUUUCCUGUGGUAAGAGUAGGAGAACUCCAUUAAAUCAUUGAAACUAGAUAAUGAUCCGUGCAAAUUGCAAAUGAAAUUGAACAUAUUAGUGAGAGUUGAUGCAAGUGUGUAAAGACCAUUAGUUUCAUCUAGCUAGUUAGAGUUGGUCACUCAUCAUGUAGUGUAUUUUUGUGUUUGUAUCUCCUUAUUAUGUAUAUAAAGACAUGCUUACUCUUUUCACA